CUAGAAUUAUCUCGCCUGAAUUUCUCGUCGGAGGUGUUUCUGAAUUCAGAAGUUUGUGACGAUGAAGCUCAGAAUUCGAUCGACUGAAACUAGAGAAACCCUAAGAAUUGAAGUCCCUGAUCAAUGUUCUCUCCAACAACUGAAGGAGCGUCUCUCCCAGACGCUGUCCGGAUCAUCCAGUUCUGGGCCAAUACCACCUGAUUCGAUUCGGUUGUCUCUGAACAAAGUAGAUGAGAUUCAGAGUUCUUCACCUGCCCAGGACAUCCUUCAGUCCCUCGGCAUAGCCUCCGGGGAUUUAAUCUACUACACCGUCAUUUCCUCCGAAGCCCUAAUUCCCAAUUCCCAGGUAAGCAGUUCGAUUGUUUCCCUUAAUUCCGAAGUUAGGCUCAAUUUAGGCCAGGAAAAUCGACCAAUGGAGUCGGAUAGAUCGGCCAAUAAGAAGGAACAUGUUUUAAUAGAGCCGCAGAAACCAGAUAAUGCUGAGCCUAAUUUACCAUUGCAAGCCGAUGAUCAGUUGCAGAGCAUGAACAUAGAUGAUGCAAAGAGCGGAGAAGAAUUAGCUGAGAAUAUGGAGAUUGAGGGGGAGGAUGGUGAUGGGUCUGAUGUGGAGAUUGGGAGGAAAUCGUUUUCUGUGCCUGGGUUUUUGAGGAAGGUGUUUACUGAGGAGUUGGGCCAUGAUGAAGAUAGCGGCGGUGGCAAACAUAAACUUUUGGUAACUGCUGUACAUGCUGUUUUGUUGGAAUCUGGUUUCAUUGGGUUUGACAUGGAUUCAAAAACUGUAGUUGAAGGAUUUCAAUUUCGCAAUGUUCGGCCAGGGUACGUCUAUAUGGGUUACACUCUCCCUGAGAUUAAUGAGAAAAUUUCAAGUGAUUUGGAGUGCCAGAAUUAUGCUUUUGAAUUGAAGUUUUCCAGUGUAGGAAAGUUCAUGAAUGUCUAUGGAUGCUUACUAGGUCCUGGUUCUGUUAAACACUCAGUAUGUCUUAAUGAAGAUAAGUUGGUAUCUAUCUUCAAUGUUGUAUGGGCUAAUUGCGAUUUGAAGGAUGAUAUUUUAACAGCUGAAGGUGGGAUUCUGGGGACUUCCCCUGAGAAAGAGGUAUUCCAGUUUUGGAGGACAGUGAAAGAUAAUCUUGCAUUGCCUUUGUUGAUUGAGUUAUAUGAGAAAUUUGGCUUUGGGCUCCCUCCUUGCUUUAUGCGGCUGCAUACUGAUCUUCAAGUGAAGAUCCUGGGGCUAUUGCCUGGCGUUGACAUGGCGAAAAUCAGCUGUGUGUCGAAGGAAUUGCGAUACUUGGCAUCAAGUGAUGACCUUUGGAAGCAGAAGUGUGUAGAACAAUUUGGUGAUGAAAUUAAGUCGGAUGAAAGAGGCCAUUGGAAGGAGAAGUUUGCAAGGUUGUGGGAAGGAAGGAAAAGGAGGAGAUUGGCUUACAACAGAUCAGUCUGUCUGCAUAGGUUCCGCAAUCCUCAACCUCCUCUUCCUUGGUUUCCUCGAAGGAUCCCUGAUCCUCAACCACCUUUUCCUUGGUUUCCUCGUUCGCGGAGAGGUGGACGUCCUGUAAUUUUUGAGCAUAAUGAUAGUUCUCCGGCUACGCAUACUUUGUCCUUCUACUGAGAUGCACGGGGUCAGGUACCAGUCAUCAGUUUCCUUCACUCAGCAAUCAGUGAAUGUAGGGUUGUGUUUGUAAAAAGAAUUUGUUCAUCGUAUAAUCAUCGGAGAUUUUGAUGUUUAGUUCUGUACAAGGGCAUCUCUUUUUCUUGAGGAAAUGUUGUUGGUUUUUGGCUGGAUUAGAAGUUUGAUAGGCAGUUUAUAUUUGUUCGACUGAUAACGUUUUAGAUUUAUGAAGGGCUGCUGUUCGUACAUUGCAUUUGGGUCAUUGGCUGUCUACUGACUGCACUUUGCUGUUCGUUGUAGUAUCCUUUGAGCUUGGAAUCAAUAAAGACGAGCUUUCACCUUCAAUUUUCUAUUGCACAUUUAUUCCAUUUCGCUUGAGUUGCGACCGCCUUUGAGAUUAAGAUCAGUUAUCUGCCAAGUACAUCUCCUUUCUACAUUGAUGUCUUGCGUUAUUUAGUUCAAUUUUCAGUUCGAGUACAUUUGAAACUAGGGGUACUUCUACAUUAGUGACAUAUAUUCUCAUUCUUCGAUCUUAACUACUGCUUUGGGAAUGAUCUAGAAAGUGCUACUAUGGUACACAAAGCAAGCUGAAAAUGCUAUAAAAUAUGAAGAGAUUUAGCUUGUUAGACUUGUAUGUUUUGUAAUGUUAAUGGUUGGUGUAAUGGGGUUACAAUGCAGAACUACUUUAUUUCUGAAAAAAAAAGCCAAUAUGGUACAUUUGAUAAGGGACUGGUACUGGUAAGGAAGAUUGUAAAAGAGGGAUCGAAGUUUUCCAAGCUUUCCGGUGCAAUUCACUUAGUAUGUUUGGUAUCCCCAUUCAGAUUCCAUCUAUGUCGGUUAGCCAAAUGCAUGCAUAAAGAAAAAUUCCAUUGGCA